AUGGACCACUGGCCAAAAGAUGUUGGAAUAUGUGCCAUUCACGUCGUAGUACCAUCGUUGUACGUCGAUCAAGCCGAUUUGGAACGAUACGACCAAGUGUCCAAAGGGAAAUACACCGUCGGCCUGGGCCAAAAGCAAAUGGGGUUCUGCACGGACCUGGAAGACGUGAACUCGCUGUGCCUGACGGCGGUCAGUCAGCUCAUCGAAAACAACGGCAUCAGCUACUCGGACAUUGGUCGCCUGGAGGUGGGCACCGAGACCAUAAUCGACAAGUCGAAAAGCGCGAAAACGGUGUUGAUGAAGCUGUUUGAGGCCAGCGGCAAUUUCCAAGUGGAGGGAAUCGAUACGACGAACGCCUGUUACGGCGGCACGGCCGCGCUGUUCAACGCCCUGUCGUGGAUCGAGUCGAGCUCGUGGGACGGCAGGCUGGCCGUGGUGGUCGCGGCCGACAUCGCGGUCUACGCCAAGGGCAACGCGCGUCCGACGGGAGGCGCCGGCGCCGUCGCGAUGUUGAUCGGUCCAGGCGCCUCGCUGGUGGUCGAUCGGGGCCUGCGGGGCACGUACAUGAACCACGCGUACGAUUUCUACAAGCCCGACCUGUCGUCCGAGUAUCCGGUGGUAGACGGCAAGCUGUCCGUCGACUGUUACCUGAACGCCCUGGACCGGUGCUACGAGUCCUAUCUGAGCAAGUGCCACGGCGGCGAAGUCGGCCUGAACCGGUUCGAUUCGUUCGUGUUCCACGCGCCGUACUGCAAACUGGUGCGCAAAUCCCUUGCCCGUUUGUACAUGAACGAUUUCAUCAACGAAAUCGGCGCAAACGACGAGAACCAUCAACAUCAGGACUGGGCCGUCGCCGAGAAGACUUUCGUGGAGCUCAGCAGGACGGUUUUCGAGGACAAGACUGAACCGUCAUUGUUGCUUGCGUCGCGUGUCGGCAACACGUACACUGCGUCCGUAUACAGUGGGCUGGCAUCAUAUUUGUUGUCGGUGCCGCCCGAACGUCUGCCCGGCAAGAGGAUCGGCAUGUUCUCCUAUGGUUCCGGUCUGGCAUCGUCCAUGUACUCAAUCAAGGUGGUGGACAACGGUGGCUUGCCCGGUAUGAUCGGCAACCUGAAGAAGGGCGUCGACCGUCUGGACGAACGGACGCGUCUCGCACCCGAACAGUUCGCGGACGUGCUGGACUCCCGGCAGAAGUCGCUGCACCGAGCGUCUUAUGUGCCAGUCGGCGACAGGGGCCAGCUGUUCCCGGGCACGUGGUUUUUGUCCGGUAUCGACGAAUUGCACAGACGGUUUUACGAGAGAAAUGAAUAG